GACCCCUCAAUAUCAAGCCAAUCAGUAUUGCAUUUGAUACGGAAAGUAAUCAAUAUAUCUGAGUUUGAUCAUAACAUUUACCAGUAGAUGAAGGAUUACCAAUAGGCGAAUGCGUAUUGUGGUAGUGAAAAGUUGGAACUUUAAUCAAGCUUGUUCGUCUCAAAGUUACAAAUUUAACAACAGGGCCUUGAAUUUUUCCUCACCAGCAAUCAAUGAUCGAAGAACCUACUCAGUAAUCUUUCUUCUCAGCAACGCAGAAAAUGAUUGUCUGGUGAAAAUCUAUUCAUUGUCAGUGACUCGACACCCUCUUCAAUCAUCCCAAGCCCAAGAGAAAGGAUUCAAUAAGGCAGAAUUCGCAUCAGGGAAAAUGAGCUUCCCUUUAAAGGAAGUCUGGAGCGAGCUUCUGCGCUCUACCUCAAAUAAUGAAGCAGUCCUGAAAGAACUUCUCGAAGGUCGCCCAGAGAUCGGACGGGCAACAGAUUUGAACUGCAUGUUUGUGAAUUAUAUUUCUAUCAUCUACAAGGUCUUUAACAUAAAGAUAGAAGGUGGACAGAUUGAUCCAAGAGUUUGGCUACCCAACGACCACGAGUUUAUCGAAAUGCUGAAGCUAUUGGUACGUUAUAUUAAUGACAUUAUCACUUGGAUUGAGGACCAUGAUCAAACUGGCGCGCCUUGGACGUCUAUUGGCGGUAAGCAUCAGUAUGGCACAGAUGUAGGGAAAAAGCUGACAAAUUUCUCAGAGUUUCACGCAGAGUCAUUGCUCGAAGUCGACGCACAGUGUCAGAGAUGGUGGGUAUUGGCCGAUAUGACUAUCUUUAAUCCGGCCACCACUCCGUUCAAGAUACUUCCACCGAUGCCGCUUAAUGAAGAAAGUGUUCUGGGAGAGUUCAAUGCAGCUAUAUUCAACCGGUUCAAAGGUGCACCUUCAAUGGCGCCGAUUGAAAGUAGCCCCAUAGACAUAAGUACAUUUGAAGCUCCGCCGUCGCCAGCAUUGUCAUUGAAACGACGUCAAAUCCGAUAUUCUAAUUCCUCAAGUUUCAAUCAACAAUCUACAAUGUUGUCCCUCGACAAAGACCAGACAGCAUUCGAAUUUGCUGAUAGUUGGAACCACGGCGGAGAUUCAAGUUUUCCCCCGCAAGAUUCAUAUGGAGAUAUAGAUCGGGGCCUCUUAUAUAAUGGCGGCGUCGAACCUGAAGGGCUUGCUGUACAGCACACUCCCGUUUUCAUGCCACCCACACCUCGAUUAAACCAGAACGGAUUUGCACCAUCACCCAACCCGAAUUUAUCAUUCCGUACACCUGUUAAUAAGCAAGAUGGAUUCUGCCAGCCAAUGCCUCCACCUGCUCGAAAGAUUGCUAUACCACGGCUUCAAAAACAAGGAACUUUCGAGCCACUUUUUUCACCAACCCAAAAUUCGGAACUUCGACCUUCUCUGUCUCCUCCACAGACUUUCACUUCCGGAGCACUUAGAAAGCGAGGAUACACAAAAUUUUCGCCGCAAGCAUUGAAUGAUAACCCUCCAAAACGACGAGCAGUUGUCGGUGAGAUGCCACACCAUAACACAGAAUAUACUGCGAUGCAAGAGUUCUCACGUGGCGCUAAACUUCCGCCUGGUAGUUUAGUGCAUGGCUCCCCUGGCAGCGCUUCGGGAUUUUCUAAUGGAUCCUGUAACACUAAUCACUCAGUCUCGACAGCUUCCAGUCCCGUCAAGAGAAACGGGAAAAUGCUGCGGAUUAAUCUCGAUAGAAUUUCACACAAAGCCGCGAUCGGUUCGGAAAUGGAUUACAGCAACACAGUUUCAACCGAAAAUAGCCCAGGAAGGAAAGCCGGAAACAUCGUUACCAGACAGCAGGACUGGAACGACGCUGUAUUAGCUGGCUUUGACUUAGAACAGGGUGCAACAAACACAGGCCUUGGGAUUGCGCGUCCAAAAAUCAGCCGCGAUCCCUCAAACUUACCAGGAAUUCCCACAAUGUGUACGGAUACGAGUAUAGAAUAUGGACGCCCAGCUACAUCCCAGCAGCCAAUAUAUUGGAGCUCGCCAGUGCACUCCUCAACGAUAACAGGAAGUCAUUCAAGUGGGUAAUGUACCCCGCUUUAUAAGAUUGAUCGAAAGUCGACUAAUACUUGGUUUGCUAGUACCAGCCAUAAAACAUCACGACAUCUGCAACACAAUGCGGACUAUGUUUUAGGUGAGGAUCAAUUUUCAGAAAACA